AUGUCGACCACGCAACAACUCGAAAAGGAUGCACGUUUCAUGGACAAGUACAGCCGUCAAAUCGGCGCUUUCGGGCUAGAUACUAUGGCGAAGCUCGUCAAACUUAAAGUACUUAUUGUUGGUCUUCAAGGCGUCGGUAUUGAGUGCGCCAAAAAUUUGAUCCUUGCUGGCCCUGGUGCCAUCACGCUACACGAUGACGACAUUGCGGAGAUCAAAGACUUAGGGACCAACUUUUUUUUGACGGAACAAGAUGUAGGUCACCCACGUGCCCCCGCAGUCUCGCACAAGCUUGCGGAGCUUAAUAAGAUGGUGUCGGUAAGUGUCUAUCAAGGCUCACUUAGUGAAGAAGUCGUAGCCAAGCACAAUGUUGUCAUUUUCACGCAUACAAGUCGGAAGGAUCUUGUGCGAUGGAAUCAUUUUUGCCGUCAGCAGUCACCGCAAAUUGGUUUUAUCAUGUGCGACAUUCGUGGCGCUUUCGGCUAUGCGUUUACAGAUUUUGGAGACGAAUUUAAAAGUUUUGAUGCUACUGGUGAAGCUCCAAUUACUCGCAUCAUUACGGAUAUUACAAAUGAUGAGGAUGGUAUACUUAGCAUCUUGGGCCCUGACGAGGACGGCAAGAUGCAUGAGAUGCCAGAUUCGGACCACGACGGAUGGAUCGAGAUUAGUGAUGUGCAGGGCAUGAAACUGAAAAGUGAUCCGAAUCAGUCUAUUAACACUAUGGGUCCACGUCGGGUCAAAUUUGCGAGCAAAAAGGUAUAUCGCGAUGGCAAGCAGGCCGAUAUUUUUGACGCGUAUCGCCUCAAAAUUGGCGACACUUCGGAAUUCACUCCAUAUGAGGGUGGAGGUGUAUUCACUCAGCACAAGAAACCAUUCGCGAUUAAGUUUAAGUCGUUCGAAGAGUCGUUAAUCUCGCCUAUACCAGAAGGGGAAUUCGGACUAAUGUUUACAGAUGGCGCCAAGUUUGGCCGUGCUGAACAGCUUCACGUCAUCAUGUGGAGCUUGAUGGAGUUUGAAGAGCGUCAUAGUCAUUUACCGAGGCCACACAACAACGAAGAUGCGGACGAAGUUGUGGCUAUUGCUAGGCAUGGAAUUCAGCAUAUUUCUCCUUAUACGCGUGAAGGUCACAAACAGGAUGUGAUGAAAUUGGAGGAAUUGGAUGUGGAGAUUGCACGCUUGGCUGCUCUCUACUCUGCCGUGGAGCUACAUCCACUUGCUGCAUUUUAUGGUGGUGUCGUAGCGCAAGAAGCGGUAAAGUUCACGGGUAAAUUUACUCCACUGACGCAAUGGCUGCAUUUAGACGCAUUUGAGGUUCUGCCUGACAAGCAGCCGACAAAUGCAAUCCCCAUCGGGUCACGAUAUGAUCAUAUGAUAACAGCCUUUGGACUAUCAUUCCAGAAGCAGCUAGGUAAUGUUCGCACUUUUCUUGUUGGCUGCGGUGCUCUUGGAUGCGAGUAUCUGAAGAACUUUGCCAUGAUUGGUGUUGCUUGUGGUGACAAUGGUCUUGUAACGGUCACUGAUAAUGAUCGCAUCGAAGUAAGCAACUUGAACCGUCAGUUUUUGUUUCGUGAGCACAAUGUGGGUCACCCCAAGUCUGUGGCUGCUACAGCUGCAGUGCAUCAGAUGAAUGCAGACUUAAAAGUAAAGACUUUAGAGAAACUUGUGGCUCCUCACACGGAAAAUUUCUUUGAUGACGGUUUUUGGACUGAGUUGGAUGUGGUCACGAAUGCUCUUGAUAAUGUCAAGGCCCGUCUGUACGUGGACAGCAAGUGCGUUUUUCACAAACUGCCUUUGCUUGAAAGUGGCACGCUCGGCACUAAAUGCAAUGUGCAGGUUGUGAUCCCGCAUAAAACUCAGAGUUAUGCGGAUGGUCCGAAGGAUGCUGAAGGUGAUGGAAUUCCUAUGUGCACAUUACGAAAUUUUCCUUCAUUGAUUGAGCACUGCAUUGAAUGGUCGCGUGCACAAUUUGAAGAUAUGUUUGUUAUGCCUUUUGCAGAGGCAAAGAAAUUUAUAGAGGAUCGUGCAGCGUACUUGGAACAGGUGAGAAAGUCCACACUUGACAACCCGAAUGCAAAGCUUGUUUCAGCGGCAAUAGUCCAGGAGCUUGAGCGUCUUCGCGGUCUACGUUACACUCUGCAGAUAGCGAAGGGCAUAACUUUUGAAAAAUGCGUGACGCUGGCGUUUGAGCUUAUGACGUCGAGCUUUCGUGAUCGAAUUCUUCAGCUAAUCCAUAACUUCCCAAAAGACCACUUAGCGAAUUCUGGAGAAAAGUUCUGGUCAGGAGCGAAGCGAUUUCCUCAAGCGGUUGACAAGUUCGAACCAGAGAACCUUUUGCACCUCAACUACGUUCGCGCUACUGCUAACAUUUUGGCUGUAUGUUACGGGUUACAGCCGCCACCUGGGUGCCAUUUGGUCACUGCUGAUUCAGAGUGGCGUGACCCGUUAACAUAUGAUAAGCUUGGUGAAAAAUAUACUUCUCCGGCAUGGAAACCGUCAAAUGAGAAAAUUGCCGCUGACUCGGAUGAAAUUAAGCGUCUUGAGCAAGAGAAGAUUAAAAACUCGAAUGAAACUGACAAGAAUGAGCUCGUGAAUUUGCUGCACGAGCUUGAGACAUUCGAUAUUUCGGGUCUGUCGUUCGAGCCGGCAGACUUUGAGAAAGAUCAAGACAUGAACUUUCACAUCGACUUUAUAUACGCGGCGUCAAAUUUGCGAGCCUUUAACUACCGCAUUCGCGACGCGUCGCGCCACAAAUGCAAGAUGAUUGCUGGCAAAAUUAUUCCGGCCAUCGCUACAACCACGGCAUCUGUGACGGGUCUGGCCAUGUUGGAGUUGCUGAAGUUGAUUCAAAAUAAGGAUCUGGAGGCAUUUAAAGACUCUUCAAAUUCCUUAGGUCUGAACAUGUAUCUGAUGCAGGAACCAGCUGCUCCUGCUCGUGCAAAAGACGAGUACGACGUGGUGGAAAUGUCGGAAGUUAAAUGCAAGCCCCCUGGAUUUACAAAAUGGGACUCCACGCUUAUUGAAUUGUCAUCGGAUUCUACUCUCGAAGAUUUCCUGACUCAGUUUAAGCAAAAAACUGAACUCAAUUGCGAUUUGUUAUUUCACCGUGUCGCAGAAAUGGGCAACACCAGCGCUGCUGAGAAGGAUGUGCGUUAUCGCACUGUCAGCGGAUUAAUGCUGUUUGAUCGCAACGCCUAUGGUAUCGCGCUCAAAGAUCUUUAUGCUGAUCAGAUGGCGAAGCCUCUGCGUGCAUUUGUGGAAUCACGCUAUGAAGGACUUGUUGACUGCAGCCGCAAGUUUAUUGAACUACAAACAUCGUGCUCCGAUGAUGAUGGAAACGUUUUCAAAGUGCCAACGGUUCUGUGCAAGUUCAUUUGA